GGUUUAUCCAGAUGAUUUAAAAAAAUGCAAAAUGUUUUACAGUUUAAUCUGCAGAAGAGUGAAGUAAUACAAAACUGUGCUAAGGAAACUAUACAUCAGUAAAUGCACUGACUUACUUUACAACAUUGGUGUGCACAGAUUUACAGCUCAUCACAGCUCCAUAUGUUGUCUGUGGUGUCACUCAAACAAGAGAUUCUUGUGAUUAACCAUGGAUCUUCAUGACGGUUGCACCAUUAAGCAUCAUGGGAUCCCAACAGUAAUCAAAUUCUGACCAACAUUUCAUUUUCAUUCUUAACUCAUGUCUUUUUUCCUUCUGUCUGUUUUAUCACUUCUCCUUUUACAAAAUUCCGCUUUCAUCCAUGCAUCCAUGCAUCCAUCCAUCCACUCAUCCAGCCUGUGGAGGUGAUGGCGGUCCUGUUGUCCAUUCUCGCCCUCCUCUACCAUUCGCUCCUCGCCCCUCUCCUCGCCGCAGUCGACAUGCCUUCACCACCACUCCUGUUCAAUCAGAGAUCCAAGCUUCCCCUGGCCCAUCCCCUCAGCCCUCUCCCAGAUCCAAGCAUAAAAAAUCAGCCGACUCUCUUCCCCAUGACGCCCCUACUUCAACUCACCCAUCUCCUUAUCCUCCAAGCUCCCCGAUCACGCCAGAUACUCCCUCCUCUGUCCUGCCUCCCUCUAAAGAGGCUACUACAAAUCCUUCAUCACCAAAAUCUUCCAAGACACCUUCUUCCCAAAACACUUCCGCUUCCGUUCAUCUUCAAUCUCUCAUAUCAGAAUCCGUGUCUGUUUCUUCUGCAACAUCCUCUGCUCCUGUUAUUAACAUUUCAAGCAACUCCUCUAAACUAUCCAUGGAAACCUGUCCCACCUCAUUUACUCCCAAACCCCCCUCCCCCGCUUCGUCAUCACCAGAGAAUAUAUCUCCCUCCACCACAUCUCCCCAAAAGUCUUUUCUCACUGUUACCCCGACUACCACCACCACCACGACUAUGAUCCAUAAGACUGUCUUUACUACCUCCCAGCCUCCCAAAUCCAAACCCACCCUCACCUCUGAGCCCCCAUCUGCCCACCCCACUCUCACCCGGAGCCUCUCUCAGCCCCCCUCCCUGCCCAGAAUCUUCCAGUCAGGCUCAGGAAAAGGCCCAAAGUUUCCCCUCAUCCAAGAAGACAAUGAAACAUCUCCGAGCCAAGACGAGAAAUCCCCUAAAAAAAACCUGCACCGGCAAACAUCUUAACAUCCAACCAUCCUAUCAGACCAGACCAGGAUUCAAAGACAGCCAUCACAGAAAACAAAGCAGAAUCAAAGAUCAGUCCUGCACAGUCCCGCUCAGAGCUGAUUAUAGCCCCACCUCCCCCAUGGCCCUUCUCCUGCAGUGAGAGCUCCACCCCUCACCAGCCCUCCACCACUGUUGUCGCAGCCUUUAUCACUCCUAAACAGCCAAAUGUUCAGGGAGGAACUGAUUUGAAAAAAACAACCAGUCAAACAAAGAGUGAUAUUAGCGUCUUAAAGACUGAAAAGCCGCCUCUGGCAGAGCCUGAGCCUGACUUUGAUGACAUCAUCUUUGAGUCAUUUAACCAGAGACAAGUUUCAGGGGGCUUGUUUCUGGAUGAAGAUGACUCUAAGAGGGAUACUAUUAAAAGGUGUCCUCAGGGGUGAGUAUUUAGAUUCUCGGAUUUAAACAAAAAAAGAUCUAGAACAAAACAAUUGAUGUUGAAAAAUGUGAAUUUAUUGUGCUGAUGGUUUAAAAAACACACAAACACAAACUAGGAUUUAAGGAAUAUUGUUUAUCUGUU